AUGAGAACCAAAGCAAGCAACCAAAACAGGUUCAUGCAGUUCAUUACGAUACCAAUUAGGGCUUUGGGCAAAGCCAGAGACUUCUACGUUCGAAUAAUUACGGACUAUGCCCAAAGGGUUACCUAUGGCAGCGCGAUGUACAUUCAAUCGGGACCGAUCCAUAAGUUGUCGAAGAGCUACAACGUGAGCUUUUCGUCAAGAUCAUCGUCUGCGGACAACUAUGAUCUGAGAGAGCUGAUUAGGGUUGCAUCAACGAGGAGAUUGGGAGUUGAUAUGGAUAUGGAUAUGCAAAGGCAGCAGAUGUGGCGGUCCACGGCGGCAGGGGUGGUGCCAAGGAGCUGUAGUGUUAGGAUGGGGAGGAUUGAUGAAGAGAGGCCUUGUGAGUUGUUAUGGCUUUUCCAUUUGGAGCUCUUUGGAAUAAGUUAUUUGAUGUGUAGAACAUGUGUAAAAACCCAGAAUUGGGGAUAA